AUGGCGCGGAUCGCCACCGCGUCCGUCUCGGCUCGGAGUUUGUUUGUUCGCGAGUUGGAGGGUAAUAAGGGUUUCGUUGAACGUCCGAUUUCAUCAGUGCGACGGUUCUGGUCGCUCGGACGAUUCGCGGCGGACGUCGGCUCGGACGUCUUUGCCGCCGCGUCGUUCGCGCUGACGUGCGCGCUGUUCCGGGUGGCGUGCGCUCUGACGCUGCUUCGGUUGAACUCGCUGUUCGUCAUGAUUCAAAAUCUCGGCGGCGGCGGCGGCGACGACGCGGAAGCGGAGGACGACGACGACGACGAAGAGGACGACGAAGAGGACGAAGUGGACGACAUGGACGUGGAUGACGUGGACCGCCGUCGCUCGGACGUCGGGGCGAUCGUCGAGGAGCACGCCGCGCUCCGCGCGCUCGUUCGAAGAAUAGCGCACUCGUACCGGAUGUUCCUCGUCGUCACCACCCUCGCGUGCCUCGGCGAGUGCUUCGCCGCUUCGCUCUACGCGGUGUCCGUUCAUGGACGUCACGGGGACGGAGACGCUGACGUGUCAUCCAACGUGUCAUCCGACGUGUCAUCCGACGUGUCAUCCGACGUGUCAUCCGACGUCGAUCGGCGCGAUCUUAAGCGGGCGCUGAGAAGCGCGGUGCCGAGCGCGCUGAGGCUAUUGACGCACGCGUGGGGAACGGCGCUGAACCUGCGCGCCGCCACGCUGGCGACGCACAGGAUGCAAAAGAGCGGCUCGUACCUAUCCGAGCGCCACGCGAGGAUCACCGCACAGCUGUGCGCGGCGUCCGAUUCGCGGGUUCACGAGCGCGUCGUUCACGAGCGGGCGGUGGAACACGAGCGGGCGGUCGAAGCCUUCGCGGCGAGGCACGCCGCGGUGGGUUCGUUCCGGGACAACAAACUCGGCAUCUCCGUGUUUGGCUUCGUGUUGGACAGAGAAUUUUUGCGGACGUUUCACGCGGCGCUCGUGGCGCUCGCGCUCUUCGUCGCCGCGAGGGCCCUCACCGAAAAAUCUCACCGAUGA